GCCUCCUCUUCGUGUGUGUAGUAAGUUUCCUUUGGAGGACGCCACUGGAGGACACGCAAGAAAGUAGCCGAGAUGCAGAAAAGCUGGCGGAUUGCAUUUAACGUUUUGAUAGAUGUCCAUUUUAUGGUCUUCUUUUAAACAAGCAAAAAACGUUUUGUUGAGCUCUAAUCUCGGAGCUUGGUUCUUUGUCCGUGGCAUUGUGUUCGUGAAGGAGAGGAAACAUGAAGUUUGCUCAGCUUUUGCUGAAAAACGGCUCUGCUGGAAUACCGAAGCUCGUGGAGAGGUUUUCAAAGUUUUCCCCUUCUCCGCUGUCCAUGAAACAAUUCAUUGACUUUGGCUCAGCAAAUGCAUGUGAGAAGACCUCAUUUGUGUUCCUGCGUCAGGAGCUUCCUGUCAGAUUGGCCAACAUCAUGAAGGAAAUUGAUUUCCUCCCUGACAAGCUCCUCAGCACUCCAUCCCUUAAGCUUCUCACCAGCUGGUAUUCACAGAGUUUGUUGGACAUCGUAGACUUUUUAGAAAAAGAUCCAGAUGACACUGAUGCCUUGAGAAAAUUCACACAGGCUCUGGUCAACAUUAGAAACAGGCACAACAAUGUGGUUCCCACAAUGGCUCAGGGGGUGGUGGAGUACAAAGAGGCGUUUGGCGUGGAUCCUGUCACCAACCAGAACGUCCAGUACUUCUUGGACCGUUUCUACAUGAGCCGUAUCUCCAUACGCAUGCUCAUAAACCAACACACAUUGAUUUUCAACGGCAGUGUGAACCCAGCUCAUCCCAAACAUAUUGGCAGCAUUGACCCCAGCUGUGAUGUAGUGGAGGUGGUGAAGGAUGCCUAUGAGACUUCAAAGAUGCUGUGUGAACAGUACUACCUAACCUCCCCUGAAAUGGAGAUCACAGAACUAAAUGCUAAAAACCCAGGUCAACCUCUUCAUAUUGUCUAUGUGCCGUCUCACCUCUACCACAUGCUCUUUGAGCUCUUCAAGAACGCCAUGAGAGCUACAGUAGAGACACAUGAAACGUGUACAACAUUGCCUGUGAUCAAAUUGCGAGUGGCCCUCGGUGAAGAAGACCUUACCAUAAAGAUGUCUGACAGAGGAGGAGGAGUUCCCCUGAGGAAGAUAGAACGUCUCUUUAGCUACAUGUACUCCACAGCUCCCAGUCCUGUCCAUGUGGACAACUCUCGAAACGCACCGUUGGCUGGUUUCGGUUAUGGUCUGCCCAUCUCCCGACUGUACGCCAAGUACUUCCAGGGAGACCUGCAGCUUUUCUCUAUGGAGGGCUACGGUACCUCAGCUGUCAUAUACCUUAAAGCCUUGUCGUCAGAGUCAGUGGAGAGGCUUCCUGUUUUCAACAAGUCGGCCUUACGGCAUUACCAGGCCACCACGGAGGCUGAUGACUGGUGCAUGCCCAGCAAGGAUCCAAAAAAACUGGGCAAGAAUGACGGGACUUUGUGAUGAUGGAUGGCAGAGUUCCACACAGUGUGAAGUAGUCAUAAUUAAUGAACAAAGUAAAUGAAGAAGAUGAAGCUAAAGAUGACAACUGGGCAUAUGUAAGAGGACUAAGGAUAGCAUGCAUCACCCAGGUAAUAAUUUUACUUCCAGUCAGGAAGAGUAACUACAGAGAGUCACUAUAGUAAAUUCGUUUAUACGUCAAAUAUGGUUUUUAAAUUAAUUAGUAGUGCAUGUGGUUUUUUUCUCUCAGUUAUCAACACUUUUUUUAAAAUGUAAAAAUGCAGAAACACAGUGUGGAAAUAUCAACUGUUGUAAGUUUUUUUUUUUAUAUAUAUAUAUAUUUUUUUUUUUUAAAUCCUAAGAGAAGAAAGUGGACUAUGAUUUCACAUGAAGUGUAAUGUGUGUCGGUGGUUUAACAAAGCCAUCUCUGGUU